AGCUCUGCGUCGUCGCAAGUCGCCGCAGCGAGCACAUGCGAAACGUCUUGCAGGAGCACUGGAGCUCAACGCGUCCUUUUCUUCCUCGGCCCGGUUGCAUCUGGGCAUGCUGACGCUGACACCACACCUGCGGCGGCGUAGCGUUGGUCAUUCCACUACUUUCUCUGGUGAGCACCAAGCAUGGCGAGCCAGCAGCCGAAAGCAGAAGCUAGUGCAGCUCCGGAGCUGGAUGCCGCGGAAGUGGAGCGGCGACGCAAGCAGCGCGACCUCAAGCGAAAGUCCCGCGAGCGCAAAAAGAGGAAUCUCCUAGAACUACAGUCAACGGCGCAGGCGCUGGAGCUCGAGUACAAGCAGCUCUUCGCGGCCAAGCUGAUGAGAGAGCAACAGAACCUGGAGCACGAGAAGAGCGUAGCUGUGAAGGCCGAGCCUAACGCGACGGAGAUUGAACAGUCCCGACUGGUCGAGCUGCAGGAGAAAUACAAGGCAGUGCGGCAGGAGAUGCACGAGCUGCGCGAGCAGAUGACCGGCUUCAAGCAGAAGCUGGAGGAGUAUGAGCGCUUCAUUGCGAUGCUGGAUGGACAUCUCAUGGGAUUUCAAGACACGCAAAUUCGGGAGGAAGAGCCGACCGGUUGA